AGUUUGUGUUAACAGUGCUGAGACAUUUUGCUAUGUGUGUGGAGAAGUGACAUUUGCUUCACAAAACAGCAAAUAAUUCCAUUGAUUAAAAAAGCAUACAGGUGCAAAAUAUGUGGAGCCCAGGGUUUAUCCUGAUCACGUGUGAUCUGCAACCUCAGGAGUUGGAUGCAUGGGAAAGGGUGUUCAAUGCCCUUUGCAGUGCCCAUGAUCUGGCCUGAGCCAACUAACCAUAUCAGUGACUGUUACUUUUGUAUGGUUCCUCCUGUCAAGAAGGAAAUAUCUAAGAAGAAAAGAAAGAACACAGCAAUCCAUCUUAACAUUCCAUCUGCCACAUGUCCAGUUCUACAUGGGGAAGGAUUGCCAGUACUUGAACCACCGACAGAGGACAAAGCCACUGCAGCAGGCCCAGGAGAAUCCACAUGAGCCCAGCUGCAGCACUCGGACUGACCCAGCUUUAACGAACACUCAGCAACAUAGAGUAAACCCGCGUGUUGGAAUAUUAUUCCAUUUUUACGAGAACAGGACAAAGAAGAACAUGCAGCAGAUGACACAACUCCUGUCUGGAGUGCAACAACUCAUAGCAGCGCAGCAUCAAUCAACUUCCCCUGCUGCUGUCGGCCCAACAGACCGACCAACCUGCACGCCACCAUACACAGCCUUCAAUCAUGAGGAAGAAACUUGGCAAGAGUACAGUGUGUUAACUGUAAGACGGCGGAGUUGUGAGGGGAGUGCGGGGAGACGAGGAAGCAAGUAUUGACUGGCAAGGGGAGAAGAGCCGUUUGGGAGGGACAAGGCACGCCUACAAGUUGCAGUGCUGGCACUACAAAUUGCGCGUCAUGCUUACACGAAAGCAGACGAAAGGCUUGGAAGUAAAACUCGCUUUAAAUGUUGUUCAUAAACGAAACUAAAAUCAUCAUGUACAUUAAAAUCUAUAUAUAUAAAAAUGAAUGUAUGUAUGUCUACUA